UUGGGAAAGUCAUUUAAUGUCACCUACUGAGUUUUAAUGGAGGCUUGGAAGAAGAAGAAAAAAACCUGUCCUGUGUGCGCUUGUUUCUUAGGUACACCACAUUACCCACAGCUAGUCUCACCACUCCCAGAGAAAGUUUGUGUUGUGCCUGCUAAGUGUUGGAGGUGGAGAAGUGCACGCCCGUGCUCUUUGCCUUUCUUGCUGAGGACAGGUACAACGUGGGCAUUGAGGACUGAACAUAUUGCCAGAUCUCCUUUUGGCAGCUGGAUGAGAAGGGAAUGCCACUGCAAAGGAAGGAUUACUGAGGCGAGGUUCAAGUUGUAUUCAAAGGGAACACAAAUGCUGUGCAUUACACGUAUCACCACCACGACAGACUGCCCUUCGUCUAAACAGCAUGAGCAGUACCACUGGCACCAGGGCUGCGGAAGGGCUCCUGAUGCUGCCAAGAAGAUGGGCCCUAGUUACGGAGCGGAGAUCUGCCAACCUUCUGGUCGUUUGGAGGUCCGCAGAAGGGACAGGCACUUUGCCACUGAACUGUUUACCCCGACAAAUGCCACGAUGUUCUAUGUAUCGUUCGAGGGGAAAACAAUACUGUUUGAAAUGACAGGAGAGCGUUACAAGGGUAGACUGAGUGGCACGACUGCGGAUUGGCAAGUCUGCCUACCCACGAAGGUUUGCUGUCAGAGAGAAGGCUAUUCUUUCAAGUGCAGAGAUGCUGUCAUCGUGCGCAUCCUUAUAGGCAGCGGGUACGGUGGUGUUAGGUACCACAGUGUGUCAUUGGAGACUGUCUCGCUGCGGGAGAACUGA